AUGUCUGUCUAUCAACCUCCAGAGCAGCCAACGCAUCCGACUGUCCUGUCCAUGGAAGUGGAUGAUGAAGAUUCUUUUGAAAGUGAAUACCGACUGCGAAUGGGAAAUCAAGUCAAAUACCUUAUCAUAUCUCCCAAAACCUUCGACAGAGAUACGCUUUCACUCCCUAUACAAUCCCUACCAAGUCUUCCUUGGUACGAUGAAUGGACAGUAGCCCAUAUUUCGCGAGACGAAAUUAGCGGCCACUUAAGAACUUCCAUCUCGAACCGACCAUUAGCCGGCGUCAAGUGCCAAUGGCAUCACAUCCUAGUUGAUUGCCUAGAGUUAAAGAGAACCAAACUACUCACUGCAUUGGCUUUCGAAGCAGUCGCGUAUUCAAUUCUACCAACCAUCUUCCAAAAUCUAGCAACCGUGAUCGCCAAAAUAGCCCGUUUCGAAUAG